UUCACCUCCGUCAUCAUCAGCCUUCCUCUAAUCAUCAUCAUUCCUUCUUCCCACUCAGGACUUUCGCUCUCCGAGGCUUUCUUUUCUUGUCACCCAUAUCACGCAUAAGUCUGACUUUUGUCUCAAUCUCACAUCUACUUAAUAACUAGUUCCCGUGUCGUCUGAUUCCGCCAUGCCUGCCACCACGGCGGACACCCUUUCCCUCGUCACGCGAACCGUCACGGUUGCCCCGUUAGUGCUCCUCUCAGUCGCAGAUCAUUAUGGUCGCUCGGCCAAGGGAACUCGCAAACGUGUGGUUGGAGUAUUGCUAGGGGAGAACUCGGGUCAAAAUGUUCGAGUAUCAAACAGCUUUGCGGUCCCCUUUGAGGAGGAUGAAAAGGAUCCCUCAGUGUGGUUCUUAGAUCAUAAUUUUGUCGAAUCGAUGAGAGACAUGUUCAAGAAGAUUAACGCUCGUGAAAAGCUCAUUGGAUGGUAUCACUCGGGCCCGAAGCUACGGGCCUCUGACCUAGAAAUUAACGAGCUAUUCAAACGAUACACACCCAAUCCUCUGCUGGUGAUUGUCGAUGUCCAACCAAAGGAGGUCGGCGUGCCGACAGACGCCUACUUUGCCGUGGAUGAAAUCAAAGAUGAUGGCACCACCACUUCGAAGACCUUCGUUCAUACCCCAUCCAUAAUCGAAGCAGAAGAGGCGGAGGAGAUCGGUGUUGAGCAUCUUCUCCGAGACAUUAGGGACGUUGCUGUUGGUACCCUCUCCACUCGCAUAACGUCGCAGCUGCAGUCCCUGCAAGGCCUUCAUCUACGCCUGCGGGACAUUGGGCAGUAUCUGCAGAAAGUCCUUGACCAUGAGCUACCCGUCAAUCAUGCCAUACUAGGCAACCUUCAAGAUGUCUUCAACCUCCUUCCCAACCUAUCGACCCCACCAGUGACACCACGCCUCAGCGGGUCGGAACAGCAGUCGGAGAACAGCGAGCUGGCACGUGCCAUGAGUAUAAAGACCAACGAUCAACUAAUGGCCAUCUACCUGAGCAGUUUGAUCCGCGCCAUCACUGCCUUUCAUGAUUUGAUCGAGAACAAGAUUCAGAAUCGACAACAGCAAGAAGAAAAUGAGCUGAAGAGGGAACAGGAAACCAAUGCUACUAGGGGCGAAAAGGAGGCGAAGAAGGCGAACGGGGCCAUGAAUGGAGAGCAAAAGGAAGAGCUGGAUGGAUCCAAUGAAAGAUACAAGCAGGGUCAAUAAAAUACUAGCCGGGCUAUUGAGUCAAUGUGAUACGAUUUAAAGCUACUUAGCCCGACAUCGAAAUGUAGAGUG